AAUAUCAAAGAGAUCGCAGAAGAAACCCUAGCGAGCGAAGAAGGAGAAGACGACGACGGAGAGAGGGAGAGGUAGAUUUGGGGAGAGGACAAGAGAGAUCUGGUGAGUGGAAGGGGAUACAGCGAGCGAUAAAGGGUAGUGAUGGGAAAGAAGAAGAAGAGGGUGACGGAGAAGGUCUGGUGUUACUACUGCGACAGAGAGUUCGACGACGAGAAGAUUCUGGUACAACACCAGAAGGCAAAGCACUUCAAGUGCCAUGUCUGCCAUAAGAAGCUCUCCACUGCUGGAGGAAUGGUGAUCCAUGUCCUUCAGGUUCACAAGGAGAAUGUUACAAAGGUUCCUAAUGCUAAACCUGGUAGAGAUUCAACCGAUAUCGAAAUCUAUGGAAUGCAAGGUAUUCCUGCUGAUGUCUUGGCUGCUCACUAUGGAGAAGAAGAGGAAGAGGCUCCUGCUAAAGUUCCCAAAGUCGAUAUUCCUUCCACCCCUCUUGCUGGUGCUGUUCCUAGACCAUAUGGUGUGGUAUAUCCUCCUCGGCCUGUUCCUGGAGCUGUGCGACCAAUUUAUGGUGCUCCUGUACCUAUGCCUCCUUCUGGAUGGCCUACUCCUCCUCGUCCACAACCAUGGUAUCCACAUAAUCAAGCAUUUUCUAUGCCGCCAACCACCCCAAUGGGGUAUCCACCACAACCACUGUUCCCGGUGCAAGGUAUGAGACCGCCUAUGCCAACAUCAUCACCCUCAGUACCUUUGACAGCCCCUCCUCCCGGGAUUCCUUCAUCAUCACCUGCAAUGCCUGGUUCACAGCCGCUGUUCCCUGUUGUGAGUAACAGCUUACCUUCUCACACUUCACCAUUUUCAACUCCUUUGCCCGUCGGUGUUCAGCCAGUUCCUGCCCCAGAAUCCAAAGGAUCAUUGGAUGCUCAUCCAGGUGCUGGUUCUAUUAGCUCAGGUGUCUAUAAUGCUCCAACUACUCCAGGUAUACCGGUACCGAAUUCGCAUUCAUAUGCCUCCGGUCCAAACACCAGUGGCCCCUCAAUUGGACCACCUCCUGUAAUCGCAAACAAACCUCCUGGCUCUCAGACUAAUGAGGUCUAUCUUGUAUGGGAUGAUGAAGCGAUGUCUAUGGAGGAAAGAAGAAUGUCCUUACUGAAAUACCAGGUGCAUGAUGAAACCAGCCAGGUAAGUUACAUCUGCCCCUUUAAAAGUUAUGGAAAGUUGCUUUACACGUCUAACGAACUCGGUAGGCUCUAUUCAUGCUUUCUAUUUUCAGACUCCUAUUGUUUAAGUUCUGUGAAUUGUUACCUGCUAAGAGGUACCUCCACAAAUUCCGAGUUAUUUUCUUCCUUUCAGUAGAUUAAUAAGACGUAGGCAAGAACGAGAAGCAUUUCUUCCUUUGCUGCUAAUGCCAUUGUCCAUGAGCAUGCUGCAUUUGUGUUAAAUUUGAUGUCUCGGGAUUGCUUUUUAAUGCGAUCCCGAGAUGUGGGCAUGUACAAGUACAUUAAGAUGUCGGGAAAGUUUGCAUUUAGAGCCAUAAACAGUGAAGGAAAAAAAAACCGUAUGCAUAUGCCCAUUUCGAUUAUAUUUCUUACUUCUGUUGUAUCAUAAAAAAAAAUCUGGUGAUUGGUUCAACAAGAUCAUACUCCAUGGAUUUUGUUUCAAAACCCAGGUCAGCUCCUCUGUGUAUUCUCAAUUUGCAGAUGACCAUGGUCUUACAGCAACCCCAUCUUUUUGACAAAAGCUUCGAGCUUUUCCCCCUCGAUAAAUCACGUGAUUAUCCCUUGUUUUCAGAUGAACUCGAUCGAUGCGGCCAUUGACAAACGGAUCUCAGAGGGCAGGCUCGCUGGUCGGAUGGCGUUUUAGUCACUCUCGGCUCUAAAGGAAAAGGAACCUCUCAGAACCAUCUUAAAAGCAUUGAAGAAGGGACAUUUUGUCAGGGUCUCUCUCUUCAAAGUCCCAUUCUUUCAGAUUUCUCUGAAGCCAGAGAGGUCUGCUCUUGUCAAAUUCCCCCCUUUUUUCUUAAAUUCUCUGUGUUGUAUCCUUAAAUCUAGGUUUAGUUUCCAUUGUCACAGAUAUAACAAGAGAGAAGUAGAGAAAAAAAACAUUGUGAGUUCAUUGGCAUUAGGAAACUUUAUGUUCUUGUUUGAAGAAACUUUCCUUUUUUUUCCUUCUGAUCA